GAUGGGGAUGGAACGCCUGCUCCAUCGUUACCAAAGCAACCCGUUAAUCAAUGACCAAACCCCUGCAACUUUCCUCUUUGGCCAAUCACGGUAGGGAGGACACUCGGAGCACUCUCCAGUUAGGAUCACACCAACGUUUAACUUAUUUCCUCGAAAAACUGAAAUCAAUCAACUCGUCAAUACUUGUAUGGGUCUGUCCAGUCAUUGUCCCCGCACUUUGAAAGACUUGAUCUAGCGUCAUGGCAGACCCCUGCAUGGACAGCACUAUGGAGGACCGCACGCCUUCGACCAGCACUUUGUGACCUCCAUGACCGCGUCUCAUCCAGAUCCAAUCUUUGGAGCAGAUAUCGUACGGUCGCCUCGGUGAAGACGAGCGGGGGGGCGGUGGGCGGGUAGGGAGGUGGCGUCCAUGGCGAGGUUCCAGGAGGCUGGGGGUAAGGUGAGCUGGACAGGGCUGCUGGUUCUUGUGCACUUCUCCUACCUGCUGGUCGGUGCCACCAUCUUCCAGAUCCUGGAGCGCGAGGCGGAGAGCAACAACCGCAACCACUUCCAGCUGGAGAAGCUCAACUUCCUGGCCAACUACACCUGCCUGGACGGCCCAGCACUGGAGAAGUUUGUGCAGGUCAUUUUGGAUGCAUGGGAAAAGGGUGUGAAUCCAUCUGGCAACUCAACCAACCCCAGUAACUGGGAUUUCAGCAGUUCCUUCUUUUUUGCUGGCACAGUGGUCACAACUAUAGGCUAUGGUAAUUUGUCCCCGAGCACUGUGUCCGGCCAGGUGUUCUGUGUUUUCUACGCCUUGUGUGGGAUACCUCUCAACCUGGUGUUCCUCAACCAGCUGGGAAAGUGCCUCACCAUCCACCUGGGACGGCUGGAGAGAGGCAUGCUCUCUCUGGUUCCCCAUAAGCAGGCGGUGGAGGUCCUAGCCGUGGGUCUGUUCGUGGCGUCGGGCAGCCUGCUGUUUCUGGUCAUCCCUCCGCUGUUGUUCAGUUACGUGGAGGACUGGUCUUAUGGCGAGGGCUUCUACUACGCCUUCAUCACCCUCAGCACCAUCGGCUUCGGCGAUUACGUCGUGGGGACGGAUCCGGACAAGCACUACAUCACCGUGUACCGGAGCCUGGCCGGGGUGUGGAUCAUCUUUGCCCUGGCGUGGCUGGCCCUGGUCCUCAGCAUCGGCGCCAAGCUGAUGGAGAGCGCCAUCGUGCUGACGCGCCCGGGCCUCAGGAGACCGCCGGGGGGGGUGGAGGACGGGUCCUCCGGCAAACUGGAGGAGGAGCUGGGCCAGAGGGCCUAAGAGCCCGAGAUCUGAUUUAGGUUUUACAAGACGACUGUCUCACCGGGAUGGAGAAUGACUGAAAUACAUAAACUGGGAGGGAAGGGGGGAAGGAGGGGGGGGUGACAUGAAGAAGAGAACGAACAGAUUGUAACCAACAUUUUAUCCAUUGUACCUGCUGUGUGGUUUCUCUGUACAAUUUGGGUGGAUACAGCACAAGAACAAUCUAGCGUUCCAUUUGACUAUUUUGCGAGUGUUGAUUUUACCAAUGAGUUAAAUUCUACUGCCACAAGUGAGCAUUCUGGGCCUUAAUAAGGAAUUGUUAUUGUCAUCGUGUAACCUCACUAGAUACAUUUUGGUUUGUGUGUGCGUGUGCGUGCGUGUGCGUGUGUGUGUGUGUGUGUGUGUGUGUGUGUGUGUGUGUGUGUGUGUGUGUGUGUGUGUGUGUGUGUGUGUGUGUGUGUGUGUGUGUGUGUGUGUG